GUUGACGUGACGCAGAAAACAACGUUUUUUUCACAGAGUCAAAUUUUUGGUUGCGCAGAAAAAAGAGCAUGUUGCUGCUUUCCACUGCCAGGUCAUUGUCCGUUACUUGUCGCUCAGCAACACCACGUCGACCUACGCGAUUGUUUCCAUUCACAACUACAACCGCUCACUCUUCAUUCAAAGCUCAUCGUUAUUCUUCGUUUACAACCACUGUGAGACCAAUGCAUUGCCUGGACGACUCUUCAGUGGAAUCCUUCAUGGUCCCUGGCGCCAAAGUAUUUGACCGUUACUUUGAAUGCCCUCUCGAUUACAAUCAGCCCUCGAGCGACAAAAUUCAAGUGUUUGCUCGUCAUUUGGUUCCUGUGGACAAGGUCGAUCAAAUGCACACUUUACCGUUUUUCCUCUAUUUGCAGGGUGGACCAGGUUUCGAAGUCGGUUUACCUCGCAGUGCCACUUCGGGUUGGUUGAAAGUUGCAUUCGACAAAGGUUAUCAAGUGCUGUUGCUUGAUCAAAGAGGCACAGGAUUGUCUUCGCAGAUAUCGGCGGAAUCACUCGAGCAGUUCGACAGCGAUGAAGCCAAAGCACAGUAUCUGACGCAUUUCCGGGCUGACAAUAUCGUGCGCGAUUGCGAGACGAUCCGCCAAAAACUGACAGAGGACAGAGCGAACAAGGCGGAAGAACGACUUACUUUGCUUGGUCAAAGUUUUGGAGGAUUUUGUAUUGUCACCUAUUUAUCAUUAUUCCCACAAUCUAUCAAGCAGGCCUUCAUUACGGGAGGAGUACCACCCAUGGUUGAUUCCCCGGAUCCGGUUUAUCGCGCCUUGUAUCCUCGCAUUCUGAAAAAGAAUAAGCUUUAUUACACCAAGUUCCCUCAAGACGUAGCACGCGUGCGCAAAAUAUACGAGCAUUUGUGGGAUCAAAAGGUUCAAUUACCCAAUGGCGGCACCUUGUCACCUCGUCGGUUCUUGCAGCUGGGUAUUCUCUUUGGCGGUGCCGAAGGUUAUGAUACAUUGCAUGAAAUUGUGGUCCUGGCUGCCAAUGACCUUGAUCGUAUGCAACGCUUGACUUACCGCACAUUGGACCGUAUUCAAUCCCUUCAAAGCUGGGACUCCAACGUGUUAUACGCGAUCAUUCACGAGGCAAUCUAUUGUCAGUCUAACACUAGCCGUUGGUCGGCCGAGCGCAUUUUAUCCGAAGAGCCCUUCAAAGCAGCUUUUGAAUGGCGCAUUAGCGAGCUUAAUCCAAGCCAGCCCAUCCAUUUCACAGGGGAAACGAUCUAUCCCUUCAUGUUUGACGAUUACGCCGAGCUGCGCCCGUUGAAGAAUGUAGCGAAUCUAUUGGCGGAAACGAACUGGGGUUCGUUGUAUGAUCGAGAUGUCCUGAGUCGUAAUGAAGUUCCUGUUGCCGGUGUCAGCUACUUUGAUGAUAUGUAUGUGGAUCGACAGUUCUCCGAAGAUACAGCUGCCGAUAUCCGCGGAUUCAAACAAUGGAUUACCAAUGAAUAUGCUCACAAUGGUCUUCGUAUGGAUGGCGAAAAAAUAUUGGACUAUCUGAUGCAAUUAGCGCGUGGUGAUGUCGCUUAUAAUCGCUAAGCAUAUCAACAGUGACGUCAAAUUUCGGUCUGAAUCGAUCGCUGCAUCGAAUGAUCUAUCUUUGCAACAAAUAAAUAUCACAAAGAGGACAGCCUAAAAUAAUCGAAUAACGACAACGCUUUCAUGGAUACCACUAGUGGCUGGUCCCGCCUAGUGAUGAA